AUACAAAGAACAGAAGAUGCAAGAAAUUAAGCUAAACAACAACUCAAUCUUAGCUAAACAAACAACUACAAGCAAAGCAACAGCAAGACCAUAGGCUACACCAAACUCAGCCCAAACUCCUGCCACAAAAUUGGAACCACAAUUAAAACGAGAACUGAACCAGGUAGAUUUGGUAGUGCCCGGUGACCAGUUCUUAAUGAUUAGCUCCUUAAGAACAUCUCGAGAGAGACCUUCUUAUCGGCAGCAACCAUAGACAGUGAGCAACGCCUGAGUACGCUCACCCGCGUAGACAGAGAUGAGCUUUAUUUGGAGAGAAAGACCACCCCAGACCACCACACGCCAUGGACCUACACCAAGAGACAGAGAAAGCCAACACAACCUCAGUAAAACAAGUAAAUUUGCAUUUUCUCAUGGCCUGGAAUUGUUAGGACGUUUGAUAUCUUUAGGGCAGAUAGGGAUGAUAGUAAAACAAGUAAAUUUGGAAUAUGUAGUGAAUGUAUUUGGUAUAUAUCUGAGUCAGAUCCAUGUCGUAAUCGACGCGGUGGAGACUCUCUUUUCUGUUUUUCAUGAGUUUCUUAAUCAUAUCAAAAAAUAUUUCUCCUAUAUAUAUGUUUAUUUCAUAUCAAAGGGAAAACACAUUCUUUCAUAUAUAUACGAUUUCCUUUAUUUUCUUAUUAAUCCUCUUUAACUUGAGUUCAAAGAUUAAAGAAAGAGUAAAUCUGGCAUAUUCACUGUUUUUUUUUAUUUUGCUGAUGUACAUUUGAUGAAACUGAAAUACAACAUUGUAAGUAGAUUCUAGAGCUUUUAUUUUUUAUGAUUUGUGUCUAUAUAUUCUUGAAAUUUAUGUAUUUUUAUUUUAGUUUAAAUGUUUUAGGUUUUAUUUGUUUUAUACUAUUAUCUUUUUAUUUAUUUUUUUGCUUUGAUUAUGUUUUGGUUUCUGGUUGGGAUUUCUUAUCAAUUGUGUCAAUUUCUCUAAAUUUCUCUAAAUUUGAGUUUGUGAUUAUGUAUUAUUUUUUUGUUUUUAUUAUGUUUUGUUUGAUUAUUUAUCAAUUUUUCAUAUAGAUUUUUAUUUUUAUUCUUUUAAAUUAUGUAUUUUUACUAAAUUUUUAUUUGUUCACCAAUUGAUGUAAAAAUCUUUUUGAACUGAAAAUUAACUCUUUAUAUGAAAUAUUUAUAUGUUAUGAACUGAUUUAUUUAAGGUUUUAAGGUAAAAAAAAUGAGUGAUGUGGAAUAAUUGAUAAAUAUUUUUAAAUGAUGCUGACCUGUUGCUCUCUAGUUUCUUGCUUGCUAACAUGACAAAAUUUAUUUUAUGUUUGGUUAGAGAAAUUUUUACUUAUUAGAUUUUAUGAUUUUUGAAACAAAUUAAUUAUAUAUUAAACGUGUUGAAAUAUAUUUUACUAUAGCUUGAAGUUGUUUAAAAUUAUUCAUCAAAUCUAUGUUCUUAAAACAAAAUUACUUUAAUCUUUAGUAAAUCAAAUAUAAAUGUAUUAGUAUAACUAUAUUAAUUAAUUUAUUUAUUUUUAUAAAUUAUUUUUAUUGUUUAUUUUAUGGUAUAAAAUCACAUAUAACCUAUCAUAGUUUCAAUUUAGUUAUGUAUACUUAAAUGCUAAAAAUAAAUUAUUUAUUUUAAAUAUGUAUAUUCAUAACUCAAUUAUUAAAUAUUAUAAUAAUUUAGCAUGUAUGAUGAUUAAACUAAAUAUAUAUAUUUUAUUAAAAAUAAAAUUGUAAUCUUUAAAAUAUUAAAGAAUGUAUAUUACAUUAAUGACAAAUAAACUUUCAUAUUACUCUUUAUUUAUUUAUAAAUAAGUGAUUAAGAAUAAUAAAUGUUCUUUAUAUUUAUUAAAUUUAUAAUUUUAUAGUAACUAUUUAUAAAUGUGAUGUUCUUAAGUGUCAAAAUUUUAGAUAUUAUAUUUGAUGAGGUGUCAAUCUUUUAUGGGAAGUAACAACUUUUUAUAUAUAUAAAUUUCAUCUUUGUAAGUUAUCAUUUCUAAUUUUUCACAUCUUUCUUAAACAACAGAUUUGUAUCCCCAUAAAAGAAGAGUAACUAAAGGAUAUAAUAAUUUUUUUGAAUAUAUAAAUACAAUUUUCAUAAAAAACCAUAUAACAAAUUAGUAAAAAAACAUCAAUGGCUUCCUCAAUAAACAUUCACUUCAUUUUCGUGCUAAUAACAUUUCUAAUUAUCCUUAGAACUUCAUUAUCAUAUGAACACAUUUCAACUGUCGAUGGGAUUUUGCCAUUCUCACCUAAACAUGUUGUGGUCACUAACAAACUGGUUGCACAAUUUGGAUUGCUCGUGCACUGUACGAGUCAAGAGACAGAUUUGGGGGUCAUAUCGGUCUUAAUAGACCAAAGUUUUGAUUUCAGAUUUCGUGUUAAUAUUCUUAAAACAACGAAAUUUAGUUGCAUUUUCUCGUGGCCUGGAAUUGUUAGGACGUUUGAUAUCUUUAGGGUCGAUAGGGACGAUAGUUCAACAAGUAAGUGUGGAAUAUGCAGUGAAUGUAUUUGGAACAUAUCGGAGUCAGGUCCAUGUCGUAUUAGACGUGAUGGAGGCUCUCCUUGCUGUUUUCCAUGGUCUUCUUAACCAUAUCAAAAUAUUUAUCCUAUACUUCUUUCAUAUGAAGGAAAAUAAACUAUUUCAUAUAUACAACAAAUAAAGAUUUUUUAGAGAAGAUAUAAAUAAACAUUUCUACUAUAUCAAUCUUUUUUAAAAUUGUUUGAAAUGGUUGACCCAUAUUUGUCACUUUUCUCUUCUAAUAAUUGUUAGUUUUCAUAUACCCAUGACAUUUCAUUCUGUUUGUUUAUGUUCUCUCUAAGUCCGAAACGAGAUUUAAUGAUGUUUGUGGUGGAUCUACAAAGCUAUGUACAACAAUCAUGAACCGUUCAAAGGAAAGAAAAAUAAAAUAAAAUAAAGAGACUUUGUAGAUCCACCACAAAUAUUUAUACAUAAGAGUAUCUUGUA